AACCUGAGCCAGAUCCCUUUCCUCCUCUCUUCGACAUCAUCCCGUGUUGAUUACUUAUUCAACAGUAUCCAGUCCACUCAUUAUAGUCACUGGAGGGUUUUAGCACCAACCGGGUAGGAUUACUAUGGUCGUUAAGCUAGAUGCGCACCAGACGUCCCUGGAGCCCUUUGGACUAUCCUGGUCGUCUUGCCACGUACGUCAUACGGAUGAUGAUCCGGGCCUAAGUAAUAGUAGCAGGUCGCGCUACUUUCGGAUCAGUGCAUCGGCGCCCAAUUCACCGCCAAGAGUGGUCCGGAUACUCAAGGCCGGGGUUAGUGGUGGUAGUGGGAGUGAGGAGACGAGCAGUGAAAGUAAGAGUCAGGUUCGUGCUAAACGUAGAAUUGCUAGCCCAAGCUCUCGUUUGACGAAGAUCCAAGUCGAGCUUCAACCAUGCAAGUCUCGGGUUUCAACUGCAGUGUUUUCGACGGAGGGCCGACCGAAACCCAAGAAGGCGAACUCUGCCCCGGUAGUUUUGCAAUCCCAGUCUAGGACCGGCGAGGAAGCCCAAGAGGAACAUAGUAGUGAUGUGCCCCCAACAUUCCGGGUCAACUCACUUCGACCUCCGGUAGCAACGACGUUAAACGCUGUAGUGUCAAGUGGAGAAGGAAAGGAAAGAACGGUAUUCUACUUUCCCCGCGAGACGUUCGUUCCAUUAUCUCCUGUCCUCCGGCCUCCCAAGCGGGGCCGUGCAUUGCACGAUGUUGACGGGCCCGGAACAGGUAGUCUUCCGUGUAAGAAGCGGCGGUUGCGACUACACCUUGUAACGAGUAGGUUAUCGCAGCCAUACUCGUGGCCGGCGACGCACAUUCUGAACCGCGAAAGCGGCGACGACUCGCCCGUGCUCAACCGGUUCCUCAAGCUCGCCGCCAUUGGCUCUUUAAAGAGAGCCGGUCACCAAAGCGCGCUGGUCCGCAAGGCAGCCAUUCUGAAUAGAGUGAGGAUUGGAGUGCGGCAAGCUGCUGUGCUGAGAGGCCACACGGUGAUCGCGGGAAUGGCGGCUAGAGGAAACUCACUAAGCCACAGUUUACAGCUAGUGACGACGUCAAAUAGCUCAACAGGGGCCCGGUUCCCUGGUCACGCGCCUAACCCUUACGACCAUCCAAUACCGCCAGCGUGGCGACCACAUACAACAUCAUUCCACCCCUCGUCUUUUCGUUCAAGCCCUCUAGACCGGGGUGAUUCCGCAGAUAAGAAGGGUAACCUCAAGAACAGGAGUCCCAGCCCAGCGGCGACUUGCCCAUCUCCUCCACCGCGACUGAGUGUGCAGUCGAACCCACCAGAUCAACCAACACCACCACAAGUGGAAGACGAUGAUGUGGCAUUCCCCUCUCCAGACCUUGAGACUCGAUAUGCAGAUUUUUCGGAUGAUGAUUUAGAUGACGUAUAUGCAGAUUUUGGAGUGCUAUUUGGCUCUGGUACGCGGUCACCUGAGGAUGGUAGUGGAAGUAGUGAAACAACUAGUGGUCAACAUUUCUAUGAGGAGUACUUGGAUGAGCUGGAUGGAAUACGAUGGAUAGCGUAAGGUACUGCGCAUGGGAUAUUUGAACCGUUAGCGACUUGCAUGAUAGGUGUAUUCUUUGGGCUAUCAUCAGAGAUUGGGCGUCUUUGUAGCUGGAUGAAGGGAGCAAAGUUGGUGUCAUGGUAUCCGGCAAGAAAAAUGAGAAAAUACUAGGAAAAUCAUUUCAGAUGCAUCGUCGUUAUGAAUAGAAGCAUACCGCAGCCUCACGGCAGCUUCGGAUGAUCAAGAUUCAAAUAAUAGGACAAGGAAAUGACCUAGGUUGUAAGGCAUAUGCGAUCAGUAACUUGCCAUAUACCAUAUUCC